AUGUUGUCUUCUAUUCGCGGAGGGGUGAAGACGACACCAGGUAAAGCAUACGGCGUACUCACCCAGGGUCUACAUCAUCAAAUAAGAGGCGCAGCUACGACGAAGCAGCUGUUCUCUACUUCUUCCAGUCACCAUAAAGGCAACGCUAGUAUUCUUCUACAGGACAAAGAUAAUGGCUUCGAGUUUGCGCGAUCCAACCCUCGGCCGUCGAAACCGAGAAGUAAAGGGGUGACGGAAAUCAGAGGCCCGUACUAUUCGGUCAUGGGUAAGAGGUAUUUGGCUGACAUUCUCGAAACCAUGGGCACGCACGUAGAUGGUCUAAAGUUCGCAGGAGGAUCCUUUUCUCUCUUUGAAGAAAAGCCAUUAAGAGAGCUCAUCGAGCUGGCUCACUCAUAUGAUGUCUACGUCUCAACGGGCGGAUGGGCGGAACAUUUGCUGACCCACGCUGACGUCGAGUCCGUAUUUGACAAAUAUCUGAGAAAAUGCAAAGAUCUUGGAUUCGAUGUAAUUGAGAUUUCCUCCGGCUUUCUAAGCAUUCCCGGAGAUGACUGGCUCCGCAUGAUCGAGAAGGUCCAUUCAUACGGACUCAAGGCCAAGCCAGAACUAGGCAUUCAGUUUGGAGCAGGUGGUGACACUGAGGCGAGCGAUCUCGAGGCUAUCGGCACCUCUGAUCCCGGAAAGCUGGUCAACAUGGGCAAAAGGUUCCUCGAUGCGGGCGUAGAGCGAUUGAUGAUCGAAUCGGAGGGCAUCACGGAGAAUGUCAAGUCGUGGCGAACAGAUGUCGUGAGCACGAUCAUGAAGGAACUCCCGCCAGAGCGAGUCAUGUUCGAGGCGGCCGAGCCAAAGGUUUACAACUGGUACAUUCGCGAGUUUGGAGUAGACGUCAACGUCUUUGUCGACCACUCGCAGAUUGUGCAGCUGAGCUGUUUGCGGCAUGGCAUCUGGGGCAUGGCAGACACCUUUGGCAAGAUCGUCUCGUACCGACCGUCGUCGUAG